AGAGCUCCAUUGGAGGGUCCUGGACACCACACACAUUCACACGUGUGCUGUGCGUCGUUACCAUGGCGGACCUACAGAUGAAGCUUCUCCGCAAGAAAAUUCAGAAGAGAAAUGAAAAGAACAAGGAGCGGAAUAUACUAAAGAAACGGGAAGAAGUCGAGGAGACCGCAAAUGGGCUGGAAGAGGAAUGUUGCGAGGAACCAGCAGCUGCUUGUAAGGCAGACAAGCAGCUCAAGAAGAAACUGAAGCAGAAGAAGCAGAAUGGGGCACCAGCAGAAGGGACCACCACAGAGAAAAUUCCCCCUCAGAAGAAGAAAAAGAAGAAACGGAAGCUGACUGACACUGCUGAAUCACCAGCUGAGAAGAAGACCAAAACAGUGAAAGAAGCUGAAGAAGAUGAGGAGGAAGAGAUGGGGGCAGCAACAGUAGCAGAUGAAGAAGGACAACAGGCCACUGACAAACCAGAGGAAUCUGCAGAUGAGGAGGAGGAGGAAGAAGAAGAAGAGGGAGAUGAUGACGACGAAGAUCAACCUGAAUUACCAUCCGGCUUAACAGGGGCAUUCGAGGACACAUCGUUUGCCUCUCUUGCUGAGUUGGUGAGCGAGAACACUCUGAAAGGAGUGAAGGAGAUGGGCUUUGAACACAUGACGGAGAUCCAGCACAAAAGUAUCCGUCCCCUGCUGGAAGGAAGGGAUGUGCUGGCUGCAGCCAAGACGGGCAGUGGUAAAACCUUGGCCUUCCUCAUCCCAUCUAUAGAGCUCAUCUACAAACUAAAGUUCAUGCCCAGGAAUGGCACCGGCGUAGUGAUACUUUCGCCUACGCGCGAGUUGGCAAUGCAGACCUACGGCGUGCUGAAGGAGCUCAUGACACACCACGUGCACACGUAUGGUCUGAUCAUGGGGGGCAGCAACCGCUCAGCUGAGGCCCAGAAACUGGCCAACGGUGUCAACAUCCUGGUGGCCACACCUGGCCGUCUGCUGGACCACUUACAGAAUACCCCUGGGUUCAUGUUCAAGAACCUUCAGUGUCUGAUUAUCGAUGAGGCCGACCGUAUCCUGGAGGUGGGCUUCGAGGAGGAACUGAAGCAGAUCAUCAAAUUGCUGCCGAAGAAGAGACAGACCAUGCUGUUUUCCGCCACUCAGACCCGUAAGGUGGAGGACUUGGCUCGCAUAUCACUGAAGAAAGAGCCGCUCUAUGUCGGGGUGGACGACAACAAAGACAACGCUACCGUCGACGGCCUGGAGCAGGGUUACGUGGUGUGCCCGUCUGAGAAGCGAUUCCUGCUGCUCUUCACCUUCCUGAAGAAGAACCGUAAGAAGAAGCUGAUGGUCUUCUUCUCUUCCUGCAUGUCCGUGAAAUUCCACUACGAGCUACUGAACUACAUCGACCUCCCCGUCAUGGCCAUCCACGGCAAGCAGAAGCAGACCAAACGUACCACCACCUUCUUCCAGUUCUGCAACGCCGACUCAGGCAUCCUGCUGUGCACAGACGUGGCAGCUCGAGGGCUGGACAUCCCUGAGGUGGACUGGAUCGUCCAGUACGACCCUCCAGAUGACCCCAAGGAGUACAUCCACAGGGUGGGCAGAACAGCCCGAGGCAUCAACGGAAGAGGCCACGCGCUCCUCAUCCUUCGACCGGAGGAGCUCGGCUUCCUGCGCUUCCUCAAACAGGCCAAGGUACCGUUGAGCGAGUUUGAAUUCUCCUGGAGUAAAAUCUCCGAUAUCCAGUCCCAGAUGGAGAAGCUGAUUGAGAAGAACUACUACCUCCACAAGUCGGCUCAGGAAGCCUACAAGUCCUACGUGAGGGCAUACGACUCCCACUCGCUCAAACAGAUCUACAGCGUCAACACCCUCAACCUCCCAAUGGUGGCGCUGUCAUUUGGCUUCAAGGUUCCCCCAUAUGUUGAUCUCAACGUCCACAGCAGCAAAGGCGUCAAGUUACAGAAGCGAGGCGGCGGCGGAGGUUUCGGAUACCAGAAGUCCAAGAACGUGCAGAAAUCCAAAAUCUUUAGGCACGUCAACAAAGGAAAGAGUGACAAGAGGCAGUUCUCCCGCUGAACCCCUUCAAGCAACAUGACUUUCUUCCCAGUCUGUCAUCAAAGAACUGCCUUUUUUAUGACUUCUAUGAACUUCCUGCUUUGAACUUCAAAUGCCAUGGAGUGCGUAGGGCACGCCUAUGAUUAUGCUCUCUCCCUCAAACAUCAUUUAUAAACCCAGUUUUCCUCUAAUAAAGUUGUUUAGAGUAUUUUGUAAAUGUAAACAAACAUAGCUGAAUGCUGUGUCUCCCAUUGACUUCCUGAUCAACAGAGACUCCUCCUCUUUCUUCAGUAUCUGGCAGGAGUAUUAAAUAAUCUUUAUUAACUUUAAGUAUGCUUCAUUUGUUGACUUGUUAACAAUUUGUGAAUGUAAUUUACAAUGAAAACACUUGAUAUAAACCACAUGAGGUGCUGA